AUGGAGACUCUGUUGGCGCACUCAUUCGACUAUCUUUCCUCCUACGAGCCCAGCAAGGUCCGCAAGGGAUUGCGCCAGGUCGAGGGUCUUCUGGCGCAAAUCUGUUUAUCCAAAUCCAAAUGCGCAGCAACACCCGACCGGAGGCGAUCCUACUUGGCCGCGUCCGAGACCCAGCCUGUCCCCAAGGCCCUGUCGGAAUUGCGCGAUGACCCGGCCUUUCGAGAAUUUUUCAAACUGCAAGAGAGCUUCCAAUGGAACGUCGCAAUGCGCUUAGUCUCAUGCCUCGAGCAUCUCCUCGGCCGUGGGAGUAAUGGCACCAAUGACAUGCUUAUCGUGUGCACCCUCGACCUCAUCCAAGGCGCCCUCCUCCUGCACCCGCCUUCACGCACCCUCUUUGCGCGCGAGAUUUAUAUGAACCUUCUCCUUGACCUGCUCGACCCGAUCAACUGCCCAGCUAUCCAGUCCGCCACCCUCCUCACCCUCGUCACAGCACUGAUCGACUGCCCCGCCAACACCCGCACUUUUGAGGACCUGGACGGCCUCCUCACUGUAACCUCGCUGUUCAAGCAGCGCGCCACCUCGCGCGAGGUCAAGCUCAAGCUGGUCGAGUUCCUCUAUUUCUAUCUCAUGCCGGAAACCCCAAUCCUGGGGCCUGGUAUCAGCCCACCCGGUCUGCAGCGCAGUCCGAGCAAAAUCUCCUCCCGGCCACUAUCGCAAAGUUCCCAUACCGCGGCGGCGGGUAAGAUGAGCCGUGAUACACGGACGACAGACGAGAAGCAGGCGCUGCUGGGCCGGUAUCUGAACAACGUGGAGGACUUGGUCGAGGACCUCAAAGAGACUGCUCCAUUCGGUGCCACGGUGUAUUAA